AUGUCUGCCUCCAUAGGGAAAGAGCAAACCUUUGCGAGCCCGGCAGAGUACGCGACGCUGACGCGCAAUGGUGCUCAAAGAACUUCGCAAAUUGAUUCCAAGCGCUCCGAAGAUGCCGCAAGCACAUCCGACAACCAAAGCCAAAGCGAUCUGGGCAGCGACAAGCACAUCUUUUCAGAUCCUGCUGUAGCUGCGAAAUGGGCCGCAGUGUACAAAGAGUCCAAGUACGAGUGUCGUCAUCGCUUCGAUCCGCACCUCACGUGGGACGCCGAAGAGGAGCGCAAGCUGGUGCGCAAGCUCGACAUUAGAAUCAUGCGUGAGUAAGCGCGCGAGGCUUUAGGCUUCUUUCCGGGGACUUUUGCUCACCCCUCAUCCUCUGCGCUGCUCCCGGCCCUGCAGUCUUCAUCUGGGUCCUCUUUAUGAGUCUCGAGUGAGUAUGCAGCGCAGCGCAGCGCAGCAACGCACGACAACACUUUUUGACAGAUAUCAUCCACCCACACCUCUGCCCUUGUGCUUCGCUGCAGCCUCAUCCGCCGCAACAUCAAUCGCGCCUUGCCCGACAAUUUCCUCAAAGACUUGGGAAUCACUACCGACGACUUUAACAACGGCCAAGUCAUUGUGAGUGGCAGCGAGCGAGCGUGCAUCCAUCCGCACAACAUCCUCUCACGGUCAUUCUCUCGCUGCUUUCGUCCAUCGACCCGCACAACAUCCUCUCACACAUCGUCGCUCCUUCUCGCGCACGCCACUACAGUACUUUGCGAGGUAAGUCUCCCGUUUGCUCCUCGUGCGCAUCGUCGAGCGUGCACUCACAUCUCGCACACACCCCCCCCACAGUUUCCUAUUCAUGGAGCUGCCCUCUGGACUGAUCAGCAAGCGACUGGGCGCCGACAUUUGGAUUCCCGUACAAAUCGUCGUAUGGAGCAUCAUCUGCUCAGCUCAAGCCGGUCUCACCAACAAGGUCUCCUUCUUCCUCACCCGCGCCUUGCUCGGCGCAGCGCAAGGCGGCUUCAUCCCAGACGCGUGCCUGUACCUGUCCUACUUUUACACCAGCGCCGAACUCACCACUAGGCUCAGCUGGUUCUACACCGUGCUCGGCAUCAGCCAGCUCCUAGGAAGCUUCCUGGCCGCUGCCUUCAUCGAGCUUCGAGGCUGGCACGGUCUAGCGGGUUGGCAGUACCUCUUCGCCUUUGAAGGUCUCAUCACUGGCGUCGUCGGCAUCUUUGCAUUCUUCUGGAUGGUUCCCAGCGUCACUGCCUCCAAAGGCUGGCUGCGCGGCAAGAAUGGCUGGUUCAACGAGCGCGAGGAAAAGAUCCUUGUCAACAGGGUGCUGCGUGACGACGCUACGAAGGGUGAGUGCGAUUAGAUGGGGCGAGCGCAAUGGGCACCAGAAGCAGCGCCACUGACCUCGCAUCACGCGCAGGCGACAUGAACAACCGUCAAGCUGUCGACUGGAAGGGUCUUUGGCGCGCUCUCGGCGAAAAGGACUUGUGGCCGAUCUACCUGCUUGGUCUGGUCAUCUACAUUCCAUUCCAACCUCCUCAAACGUACCUCUCGCUGACACUGCGCAACCUCGGCUUCAGCGUCCUGCACUCCAAUCUCCUCGCCAUUCCCUCGCAGUUCCUCUUUGCCGUCAAUUGCCUUUGGCUCUCUUGGUUGGCGCGCCGCUACAACGAGAGGAGCCUCAUCGCCGUCUUUUCCAACGUGUGGACGCUACCUCUGCUCAUCGCGCUCCGCGCAAUCCCACACCUCAAAGACUCGUACUGGUCUUGGGUGCGCUACGCUCUCCUCACCCUCGUCGCAUCCUUUCCCUACUGCCACCCCACGCUCAUCAGCUGGCUCUCGCAAAAUUCAAAGUCGGUCAGAAACAGAGCAGUGGCGGUGUGCUUGUACAACAUGUCCUACCAAGUCGGCAGCAUCUUUGCCACGCGCAUCUUUGCCGAAAAGGACAAGCCCUACUACCCCAAGGGAUUCACCGCUCUCAUUGCCAUUUGCGCUUUCGCAAUCGUCCAGGCCUUCGCUACCAAGGUUUACUACAUUUGGCGCAAUCGAUCCAAGCAGGCAGAAUGGGCCAAACUCACCGCAGACGAGAGGAUGGAGUAUACGCUGCACAACAAGGAGGAUGGAGGCAGGCGUCUCGACGUCCGUCUCGUCCACUAA